GGUGAGUAGGAUGGCAUCCUAUGGCUUGGGACUGCUGGAAGGAAAUCGGAAAAACGGCAUUCGUUGACUGUGUGUCGGUGUGCCUGCUCUGCGGUGUACCCACGGGCAGAUAAUAAUUAUUAGCGGCACACAACUCUACGCUACGCCAACCACACUCCCCUCUCAAAAAUGGACCAUACCCGCUCUCCCCUCUGGGAAAUAACAUCGACCAGUCUAUGAGGCAGCGUGCUGUGACGAAGGGACAAGCAGACGACACCUUUAAAAAGGUUUUGAGACCAACAGGAACAUUAUUUUAAGACGGCGAAGAGCGCAUCACAGACGAUGAAGGUGAGACAACUCUUACUUUGGACAGCUGCGUGUUGCCUCUUGGUGCUGCCUCUGUGUGUUGGGGGUAAGAGAGUUGUCGUCAUCCCCAUGCCCUACACCAGCCACACCAACUACCAGAUGAACGUAGCGCGAGCCCUCGCUCGGCAAGGUCACGAGGUGUGGUUGACCAUGCCGGACUAUAUCGUCAACAGGCGAGUGUUGGACACGACUAACUUCACUGUCAUCGAAUACCAAACUAUGACACACUUUGAAGAGCGUUUAAUGGCUGCAUUUCGGGAUAACUAUUUUAAGGGACUGCCUGAUGAUUGGAGUGUGUUACCUUCCCUUAGCUUACAGUUUUGCGAUGAUCUCCUCACAAACGUUACCUUCUUCAACGAGAUUCGAAAUCUUCGUCCAGAUUUUUUCGUUUUGGACAAUUUACCAACCAUGAGAAUGAUGACGAUAAUACCAUAUAGGCUUGGGGUGCCUUUUGCUUUUCUUGGAACAGCCUACGACCCAAAUUACCAGCGAAUACCUUUACAACCUUGCAACACACCAGUGGCGAUUUUUAGCUACAACCAUCAUAUGAGUUUUUUCCAGCGAGUUCAAACCACUUUAAUUCAUAUACUUUCCGCUGUAUCAGACGGAUGUACCCUUAAAGACGCAGUCAGUCGCUAUGCACCAGAAAUGCCUUUCGUUCCUAUAGACAUGCUUGUAGCUAGAGCUGAGAUCUGGUUGGUAGAGUUGGACCACAUCCUAGACUACCCAAGACCAUCUAUGCCCAACGUUAAGCUCAUCGGAGGAACAGCUACAGGUCCUGGUAAACCGUUGCCACCCCAGUUCCAAUCUUUUAUGGAUGAUGCUGCAGAAGGCGUUGUUAUCGUCUCGUUUGGUAGUUAUGUCCUCAGUCCACCAGAGUCAAUUGUGGACAAAAUCUUGAGCGCCUUGCAAGACCUGCCUUUUAAGUCUGUUUUUCGUUCGAACGUGUCGUCCCCAUAUGCAAAGAAGAUUCUGACGUCGUCAUGGAUACCUCAGAAUGACCUGCUGGCUCACCCCAACACUCGCGUGUUUGUCAGCCAUUGUGGUAAGAACGGUCAGUACGAGGCUCUGUUCCACGCCGUGCCAGUGGUCGCUACGCCGAUCUUUGCUGACCAGUCCUACAACGCUGAGCGCAUGCGCGUGAAGGGGUUCGCAGAGACUGUCGACCUCAACACCGUCAGUGCAGACGAGUUGUACACCACCAUUGUCCAAGUGGCGACCAACAAGAGCUACAAGCAGGCCAUCACAAAAGCCUCGGAACUAUUCAAAAUAGAGUUUGGUGUUCCCAUGGAGAAAGCGGCCUUCUGGCUUGAUCACGUGAUGAAAUAUGGCGGUGACCACUUACGCUCGUCAGGACACGAAGUUCCUUUCUCUCAAUUUGCUUGUUGGGAUGUUUAUGGUUUUCUUUUGGCAUGUGUGCUGCUGACAUUGCUGAUAGCAGUAUUUGUGGUCUAUGUUGUAUGCUAUUGUCUUCGCUCAAGAUUAAAGGCAAAGAAGGACUAGAAGAAAAGCUAGCAAUCAAGAAUCAAAGUUACUAAACAGAUUUUUACGGUUUGUUUGAACUUAUAGAAUCGAGUACGAAUUUAUUGUUUAUUUUUUCAAAUGUGGUGUUUUUCAAUUUUUUAAAAGUCGUGUUUUUAUUAGUGUGUGCAAAAGAAAAAAAAAAGCCUAAAGCUUAAGCAUUUUUAGCUGUGUGAAAGUUCUUGCCUUAUUUCUUUUACCUACACUUAUUUUGGUUUUUUAUUUUCCUGCUUGUAGUUUUGCCCUGUAAGCACUUUUCUUUAUUCGUGUGAUGACUGGAAGCUUUAGUGUGAAGGACUGGUGUUUUAAGUCAGCCAGUAUUAUUAUAUGAAAUCAUAAUCACUUAAUUCUUGAUAGUUUUGGUAUCUAUUAUCAUUGCCAGUGCCGUUUCGGCUUAGGUUUGUUGGUGUUGCUUGUGUGCAUUCAUCCUAGGCCACAUGUUUCCAAUGCGUUACACUGCAUUGCAGAUGUAACUCACAAUCUCGACUUCAUUUGUCCUGAUGCCCUUAAAUCAUUGGAACAGGCUAGAGUGCUCUUCAGACAGACAUUUCUGAAAGUGUCUUCAAUCCUUCUUGAUGACGGGGGGGGGGGGGGGUAUUGGUGUUUUACGCCGUGCCAGCAAUCUCCUUGAUGACAGGCAUGUCAUUUCAGGAGAAUUUUUCCAACUCCCGUCGAAUAAGACACAAGAUAACAUUCCAUCUGAUGACGAAUUUGUGCACCACUUUGAGAAAGUAGGAAACAUUCCCGAUGAAAAUAUCCUACCUGAUACUUUAAAUGUUUAUUGCAAAAUAUAUGGUCUUCAGCUAAAUAUUGAAAAAACACAAAACUAUGAUAUUCUUACGGGGAAAGGUUAGAAAAGUUCCACAUUUUUCUUUCAAUGACAAAAACAAUCAAAGUGGUAUCGGAGUAUAAGUACCUAGGAACAGUUUAUAAAUUAUAAAAAUAAUUUAAUAAAGCUAUAAAAUUACAAUAGAUAUUUGCAAACAAAGCUAUGUUUUCACUGAUUAAGAAAAGAAGAAAACUUGACUUGCCCCUAGACACUCAAAUUAUUCUCUUUGAUAGUUGUACAAGACCUAUUUUGUUGUAUGGAAGUGAAAUCUGUGCUUUUGAAUCUCUUGAUAUUUGUGAUAGGAUGCAACUAAGAUUUCUAAAAAAUGUUGUUAAAUGGUUAAGCUAGCACACCCACAUAUAUGCUGUUGGGUGAACUGGGCAUUUUUCCUGUGUAAUUUUUUGCAAAAUGUAGAUUACUAUGCUUUUUGUAUAUGUUAAAUAUAUAGAAUAUAAUUCUGAAACUAAAAAAAAAAAAAAAAAAAAAAAAAAAAAAAAAAAUCUGUUCUUCAGUUUCACUUGUACAAACUUAUAUUUGAUAGCCAGAAUGUAAACUAUCCUGGUUUAGCUAUGUACGUUCAUUGUGAAGUGCCUUCGGUCUUUCCUUCAUCUAGAAAUUUGGCUGUAGUUUUAAAAAUAUUGUAAUGCAACUCUUAAUGGAUCAGUUUAUUCAAAAAUGGAAACAAGACAUAUAUACAAAUAAAAUCUGCACCACUUACAAAAUGUUUAAAGAAUAUUACGAUUUUGAGAAUUUCUUAAUAAAUUUGUCCCCUGCUAUGAGAUAAAAUUUCAUAAAAAUUUUGCUAAGCUGCCAUAAAUUCCCUAUUUGACAAUCAAGAUAUAGCGAUAUUUCAGAACAUGUCUGUUGUGUAAUCUAGAAAAUGUAAAUGAAUUUCAUUAUAUGUUUCUUUGCGCUCACCCUUUGUUAAUUGCUUGAUGGAAAACCCUAAUUCUUAUAUAUUCUUAUAUAAUAUAUUAAUUCUUAUAUAUUUUUUGCAUCAUCCAAAUGAAUUUAAAUUUCACCAGCUGAUGAAUAUUAAAUCCAAAAGUAUACUUAAAUGUUCUUUACAUUGCUCUUUAUAGUAAAUUUAAAUGUUUGAUUCAUUUUUUUUUCCUGUGACUUUAUAUUUGUUUUUAGCUUCCUUAUCUUUAAACAGAUGUAACAAUAUACUGUUUUACCAAACAUUUGUGAAAGGUUUUACAAAAUGUACAAAAAUGUGUUUGGGCAUACCAUGCUUACACUAAAGAUUAUUCUGAUGAUACUAUUUAUUCA